AUGAGCGCAACUAAUGUCCCACGGGCUGGAGUGCCGACCGUGUCAUCAUCCGAUAUGUCUCAGCAACGGCCGAGGAGGUUUCGCACCAGCAAACCGAAAGUUAAGACGGGUUGCAACAAUUGCAAACAGCGGCGUAUAAAAUGCGACGAGCAGCGACCAGCGUGUACUCAGUGUGUUCGGUCCAAGAGGAAUUGCAACGGUUAUCCACCUCCUCCGCGGGCCAAAGUUUUUGAGGAGAUCAGGAUUGCGCCUAAGCCCGGUCGUGGGAAUUUAGCCCCAAUCUCGCCGGCGAAUGAUGCCAUCCGGCCACUCCAGUCGCAGCCUCCGGCGCACCCAGUAGCUCCGCGGCCAGGACCUCAGAGAGCGUCCAUGAAUAGCAUCACUCCUCCGCAAACGCCGGUGGACAACUCGUUGAUGAUUUAUCGGCCAUCUAUGCUGCCGUUCGAUCCGAAGGAAGGCCAAUAUUUUCAAAUUUUCAGAGAGCGCACGGCCAGCGAGUUGUCGGGGUUCUUUGACUCCUCCUUCUGGACUCGGAGUGUCUUACAGGAGUGCCACUCGGAGGAAGCGAUCCGACAUUCGGUAGUCGCUUUAGGCGCUCUCUACAAGACCUUGGAGAAGAUGUCAGAGUCACCACCAAGUUCACCGGCCGCCGUCAUUGACGUAACAGACAAUGCGGUCCGGCACGGGGAAGUUGCCUUUAAGCAUUAUUCGUUAGCACUGAACUCCAUCAUAAACUCCACAUCGCAAGAUCAGGCGUCGCAGAGGAUGAGUCUCAUGGCAACGGUAUUGCUGGCGUGCUUUGACUCCUUCAUCGGAGACCAUAAGCACGCGAUUGUGCAGAUCCAAAGUGGUCUCCGACUCCUAGAAACGUUGCGAGCCCAGCGUAGGAAUGCCUUCCUUCCUAAACCCGAAGAGCCGGUGGAACAAGACCUUGUUCAAAUGUUCACCCGACUAGCUAUCCAAGCAAAGUCAUACGACAUGGCUUUCCACUUCCCCCAACCAUUCGUAAUACGUCUUACUCCCCAAAACAACGAGAACUCUCCUUCGCCCUCUUCGGACGGGGGUUCCCCCGUUUCAACGACUCAAUCACAAAUACCAGAACAAUUUCAAACACUUAUCGAAGCGAGACUUGCGUGGGAUACCCUUUGCGAGCGCAUGAUGCGAUUUACCGAAAAUAUGUUCACAUUUACGACGUCGAUGAGUCCGAUGGGCGUGCUUCCGCACUCUAUGAAGCAGUAUGGUAUAGGGUUUGCUGAGAAGUUGGCCGCAUGGUCAAGGGCUUUUGAGCCUAUAUUAGCAUCUCGUUCAACUCCUGCCAAAAGCAGCCAGGAGAAAACCGCGAUCGCAGUCCUCAAAAUGAACCAGAUCAUGGGCGAGAUCUUAUUUUAUAUGACAUUUAGCGAUACUGAACUUCAGUUUGACGCCCAUCUACCGCAAUUUAAAAACAUCGUCAACUUAGCUAUGGAGGUGGUUGGAGAUGAGGAGCGUAGGGCCGCCGCGAGACGAUGUCCGAACCCACACUUUUGCCACCACCAACCCACACAUCCCGACAUAUUUGGUGGACAGUAUGCGGCCAAGCAUAUCAAACCCAGUUUCAGCGCAGACUUAGGCAUCGUUCCUCCGCUCUUUGUCGCUGCUACCAAAUGUCGAGAUCCCACCAUUCGGCGCCAAGCUAUUCAACUGCUGCGGAGUAGCUCACGAAGGGAGGGUAUGUGGGAUAGCGAGCUCGCGGCUCGCAUAGGCAUGUGGAUUAUGGAUAUAGAGGAAGAGGAGGAUGGCACCGAUGACUUUGGACGCCCCACGUCAAGUUCGACAGACAUGGGAAGACUCUCUGUGGACAGCUCUGGUAACCGAUCUGCCGGCUCCCCUUUUGGUGAUGAUGUUCCCCUCGGUCCUGGUGGAAAUGCUCGUUGGGGUAGCCGAAGGGAUAGCACGGCGACUUCAACAUAUGGUAGGAGACCCAUACCAGAGGAGAGGCGGGUUAUGGUGCGGUCUGUCGAGUUUGACCUCCGUGAACGCGUCGCGACACUAUCAUGCGGCACACGAGGGUUAAUACCUGGCAUGCGUGAUCCGCGAACGCGUAAAAUUACGAUUCGGUGGUGA